AUGGGUGCUUUGAAACAAAACAUCAAGAUCACUCUGGACGGUUAUGAUGGCAGCGACGCCGACGUCAUCCUCAUCAUGAGGUUGUUCUGGGCCAGCAGCAUUCCGUUCUUUACGACAUUUUAUUUGUGCAAAGCAGCACUACUUGCCGUCUACCUUCAACUCUUUCCAGUAUUCAUGUACUACCGACGCAUGCUACUUUGGGCCACGAUUGUGUAUACUGGGCUUGCGUAUCUCACUAGCAUACUGCUGCUAUUCACAAUUUGCCUGCCCUUGAGCAAGAAUUGGGCCGUCGAAGAUCGAGUAGUGGGAACGGAGAACGUGAUGUGCUCUGCUUCCUCCCCAGCGAUUGUAUUUCAAGUCGGCUGGGCGUUGCAUUUCUUUGGGGAUAUACUGGUUUUCUCUCUUCCGUGGCUCAUUAUACCGGACUUGAAGAUCAAAAGGGCCCUCAAAAUUGGCGUGUAUUGCACAUUCGGCCUCGGUAUCAUCAACAUGACAUUCUCGUUGGUUCGCUUCAUCACCAUCCAGACGGCUUCUGUUGACUAUUUGCCCUUUGGCUUGGUCGAACUCUGGAGCGAAUUGGACGUCAAUAUUGGACUCCUAGUUGCUAGUCUACCAUCUCUGAGACCGUACUUCCGAUCCAACAGGAGAGCAGGCUACUCCGACAAAUCGAACGGUUACAACUACAAGUCCACAGUCAAAACACUGCGGGUUGUCAACAUUACUGGAUUUGACAUACGGACAUUACCAACUAUCGACGAGCAACUCGAUUUCGAGGAAAACAUCGCCCCGCCUUCCUCGACACAGUCACAAAAGUCGUCAAGUUGCGUCGAAGUAUGA